AUGCAAAUUCGAAUAGUUUAUACGAUGUUUUGAUAAACAAAGUUCCAUGACAUAAAUGAGCUCAGCACUAUCUAUAUAUACUCUAUCGCAGAGCUUUAUAUGCUGAAAUUCGAGACAGUGUCCUCUCGCUUAAUGUCAAGGUAUUUAAUGCGUUUUACUCACCAAACAGGUAGACGCUUUUAUGAAUGCGACUGGCAUUGUCUGUGGAUGAGACCACCGAAUAUGGAUGGUAGCCGAAGAUGAUCAGGAGGGAUGAGACUGCUUAACAAAUAAGGACGUGACGUAGCAGCGACUUGACCUAUAAGGCAAACGGAUUUGCUGUUAAUAGUCAAUAUGCAUUAGACAAACAAUGAGCGGAUCUUCGGGCCGCACACGAUGCCAAUCGUCUCUUCUACAAUGACAUUACAGAGAUUUUGAGAAGACAAAUUAUGGAUGACACACGUAUUUAUAACCAAUCAUAGCCGAUGUUAAGCAGUUAAUAAAAUAUUAAUUAAGAAAAUAUUUUUAGAAAAAAUUAACAGAGAAAAUUCACAUUGAUCAUGAUUCUCGACACGGGAAUGUCGAGUUCAGACACAAAAAUAAAGGAUAGCGACCAUAACGUAAAAAAUUCCAAGACCAAGACAUUAUACUUAGGCAUAAUGUGUUUUGCAACUAAUUGUUUAAGCUCGAUCGCUUUGGAAGUUGGUUCAUACGGUUCAUUCCGUUCUAUUUCGAGACCCGCAGUCUUUAACAAUUUAUUACGCCGAAAUUACAAUUUGAGAAUUAAGAUAAUGGUGGUCGACAUGCUUGCAGCAUUGGUAUCAACAAUUAUGCUAACAAUCGGCGAUAUCUAUGGAAUCCCGUAUUUAUAUUUGCCAUGGCUCGUCAAUACUAUCGAAGGAAUAGCUCUUUACGAAGGACCAGCUCUUUUCGGAUUAGCGUACAACGUAUUACCUAAUGCAAGCAUACCAGCAGGAUUGUUUAUAUUUAUAACACUGCUUUUAUAUGUGGAAGAACUAUGUAUAUGGAAAGAUGUUUUUGUGAGUUUCGAACGUUGCUGGAGAAAUUAUAAUAAAAACAAUACAAAAUCGGCAAAGAAAGUGAAUAAAGAAUUAUGCAAUGAAAAUAAAGAGAGUCUUAACAUAUCUUCAGGAAAAUUGAAAGGUCAUCAAGAAGUUGUAAAAAACGAUUUAACGAUUAAAAAUCGUUGUAGAAGUCCAUUUACAGAGGUGACUGGUUAA